CGACCAGACGCUCAACAGUCUGCACAGUGCUGUCACAACAAUCGCCCACGCUAAAAGCUCCACGGUCAAACAACAACAAAAAAAAAUUUGAAUAUAUUAACCCAAAAAAUUAGUUAUAAUUUAGUGAUAAAAAGUGAAAUUAUAAUUUUUCUUCAAAACACUUAAAACAUACUUUAAAGUCAACCAUGGAUUAUUUUUUAAUCAGGACGUUUUUGAUGUAAUUUUGAAGUUUUGUGGUGAACGUGAUUUAUUUAUUUACUUUUUUUUACCACGAGGACUUGUGAUCGUCAUCGUGAAUGAACUAAAUGUUAAAGAAAAACCCCUGGUUGUGUAGUCGAAGGGAUAGUCGUCGGAUAGGACACCCUAUAAAAGGGUUGCGUCGGCGCAGGAACGCCCCGUAAACGGCGUCGCUUCCCCACCAUUCGACGCCGAUAGCAAGCAGACGGCAUCACGACGCCGAAGAGUUCGCAUGUCACCUGUGACCAAUCAAAAAAGCGGUCAUGAGCAAAACACCAGCACAUCAUAACUGCUGACUCGCGCGAUUAAAACCGUCGCGGUUAUUCUUCAUCAUCAUCAUCAACAAAGUUUUAUGCAAGGUGUACCGAAGACGGAUGCAUGCUUCUUGUGCGUCGACCGCGUCGUUACCACCGCGUGCGGACAGUGAUUGUGGACUGUGAAAGCACGCGCUUCGUUCCAUCGACGACGGUAUUUGUAUUUUGUAAAGUGACAUGUCUCGCAGGAAGCAGAGCAGGCCCAUCAGGCAUCUUGAGGAGGAUGAUGGUGUCACACCAACACCACAAAAUAUUGGCGAUGAAGAACAGCAGACGGACCAAGACUUUGCAAAGAGUGAGUCAUCGCCGCUUAACGAAGAACCACACUACGAAAGGCCACUCAUGUGUCCGCGGUGUCAAGAACAAUUCACCGACGUCCAGGAGUUCCUAACCCAUAAAACGGAGUGCUCCUUGAAGGCGAAGAAACAUGACGAACCCGCUCAUUCCGAUCCCGAAGAUAUGGUGGUGUCAGAAGAUGAGGACGAAGACACGGGGGGUAAGAGGUUGGAAAGGAUGAGGAGGUACCGGCAGGAUGCGGCGAACAAUAACAGUGUUGAUGGGGAAGAAGAGGCGGCACCGAGAUUAGACUUCAGGUUUCCAGUACCAGGGGGACACGUGACCUUGGAAGCAUUAGAAAAUACCAAAGUUGCCGUGGCGCAAUUCGCAGCGAAAGCCAUGGGGAAUAAUCCAGACGAAGCUGCCCUCCAAGAUCUCGCGGUACUCCAAACAACAUUAUUUACUUUACAACAUCAACAAGUUCUUCAGCUACAACUUAUUAAUCAAUUGCAGCAACAACUAUCAAUCAAUCGAUCGAAAGCGAGUAGUCCUGCUUCAAUGAUUAACGAUAACGAACCCCCUGAGCCGCCCCCAUCAGAAUCGCCACCUCCUCAAAUAGCACCCCCAAGAGAACCAAGCCCCGUACCUCCAAUUGGUCCGAUAGUACCAAAAGCAGAACCAAUUCAAGAACCACCAACCUCCGAAUCAUCCCCAUUAUUAAUUCCCACCCCCUUACCACAUUGCGCAGUUUCAUCAUCAUUCGCAUCAACAAUCAUCACACACACAGAACCUCCCCCAUCAAUGGAUGAACCAAACACACUUGAAAUGCUUCAAAAGCGCGCCCAAGAAGUCUUAGACAACGCCAGCCAAGGACUUCUUGCAACAAAUCUCGCUGACGAAUUAGCAUUUCGAAAAAGUAAAGGAUCCAUGUCUCCGUACGAUUCGAAAGGUCGAAACGAACCCUUUUUUAAACAUCGAUGUAGAUAUUGUGGAAAAGUUUUCGGGUCCGAUUCAGCUCUCCAAAUACAUAUCAGAUCUCACACCGGCGAACGUCCUUACAAGUGCAACGUAUGCGGGAGUAGGUUCACAACCAAAGGAAACCUUAAAGUCCACUUCCAGAGACACAACGCCAAGUUUCCUCACAUUAAAAUGAACCCUAACCCAGUUCCAGAACAUUUAGAUAAAUAUCAUCCCCCGUUACUAGCCCAAAUGGGCCAACAACCCGCUUUAUCACCCGGAGGUCCCCCACCACCACCUCAUUUAAGUUUUCCACCAAAUCAUCCAUUCCCACCUACGACUCUUCCAUUAUAUCGACCCCCAGGACCACCAACGGAACUUUUACCCACAAGAUUACCUCCUUCCCCGCACAGACCUCCAGAACCUUCGAGAUUAUUUCCAUCACAUCAAUUAUUUAUGAAACGAGAGGAACAAGAAAUGCCGGAAAAUUUAAGUAAACCCCCAAGAAGUCCAACGCCGCCUUUAGAAAGAACGGAACAUCUCGAACAACCCGAAAACGAUAAUCAAAAAAUCCUCGAAGGAGAUAGCAAACCACCGACUGAAAUAACACCUAAACAAGAAAUCGAUACGGAAUUUGAACAAGACCAGGAGCAAGAAAGGUACCCAUCUCCAGGUCCAUAUCCCGAUGAUUGUAGUAUCGAUAGUAGUAAAUAUAGCAAUGAAGACAUGUUAGGGCAAAGAAGUACGCCCGGUAUGGAAAAUGUUCAAGAUGAACCGGAAAAUUUAUCACAAAAAGGUUCAAUAGGCCCAUUAAAUAUAAUAACCGGACAAAGAUUACCUCCUAGUUUCAAUUUCGGACACGCGACCUCUCCUCCAAGCAGUGCAUCAUCCGGAAGUUUGGGUCCUUUUCCAACUACACCACUUCCAGAUCCAGCAAAAGAUCCGGCAAUAUACACCAGUCUCCUUCCUCGACCAGGAAGUAACGAUAAUUCUUGGGAGAGCCUUAUUGAAGUAACGAAAACAUCAGAAACUAGUAAAUUACAACAACUCGUAGAUAAUAUUGAACAUAAAUUAUCAGAUCCGAAUCAAUGCGUUAUCUGUCAUAGAGUUUUAUCGUGUAAAAGUGCUCUCCAAAUGCAUUAUAGAACACACACCGGAGAACGACCAUUCAAAUGUAAAAUUUGCGGAAGAGCUUUCACAACGAAAGGAAAUUUAAAGACUCAUAUGGGUGUUCAUAGAGCAAAACCACCGAUGAGAGUCCUUCAUCAGUGCCCCGUUUGCCAUAAAAAAUUCACCAACGCAUUGGUUCUUCAACAACAUAUCAGACUCCAUACAGGAGAACCAACAGAUCUCACACCAGAACAGAUACAAGCCGCAGAAGUGAAAGAUUUCCCAUCCCCUGGGGCUUUUCCUCAGAUACCUAAUUCCAUGCAUCCAUUCCUAGGACAAAACUUCCCCGUACCGGGUUUGUCCCCACUGGGACCUGGAGGAUUUCCCGUCAAUAUGAAGAUGGAACUCGAUAGGGACGUGAAAUCAGAAACUGAUUAUUUAGAAGACGAAGAUGAAGAUGACGAUGCUAUGAGCAACUCGGAACAUAUCAUUUACUCCAGCUCAUCUCCUGAAAAUCAUCAUCACAAUUCGUUUGUCAACACCACCGUGCAAAAAAUGAUGUUGCCCAGGCUAAAUUGCACACCGGAAGAGAUGAAUAGAAUUUUACCACCGUCAUCACCUAUAAUUCAAAACGGGGAGAAGACACCCGAAGAGCCCAGUCCAAGUCCCGGGAUUGAAAUUAGGUCUUCUCCUAAUCAAAUAUCGAACACCGUCCAGGUUACACGUCCAAUUUCUCCACAUCACGCGAGUCCUACACCUUCCGAAUCAAAUUCAUUAGGUGCCUUGGAUUUGACGCCAAAAACAUCUCAGGCACCUAUUUCAAGUCCAGGGCCGAAUCCAGCACCUCCAUCGCUGUUCUCUUCGUUCGGAUUACUUCCACCAGGCCAAACGAGUUCCCCUCUGAUGACGUCAGCGUUAUCAUCACUAACUUCCUCGGUGUUAACGUCAACUACGUUCAGUCCUUUGAGGUUAGCUGUUGGUCCAACGGUAUUUGAUUUGGUUUCAGUGAGGGGGAAUACGACUUGCACGCUGUGUUUCAAGACGUUCGCAUGCAACUCGGCGUUGGAGAUCCACUACAGGAGCCACACGAAGGAGCGUCCUUUCAAGUGCACGGUCUGCGAUAGAGGCUUCUCGACGAAGACCGGCGAGGACUGUCUGUGCGGACAGAGGCGUAUCCAGGCCACAGGAAGCAGCGAGAAAGCGCAAAGAAAACGCAAACCGAAGAAGGUACCGUCGGUCUUCCCGUUGCCGAUGAGUCCUGGAUACGCCACUGCUUCCCCGCCGAUCCCAAACUGGUGCCAGCUCGCGGGUAACAUGAAACAACAUAUGCUCACGCACAAAAUACGAGACAUGCCCCAACACAUGUUCGACAAACCGCCGCAACUCACCAAUUCAGAACCAGAACUAAAUCAUCCUCAACAACAACCUCUUCAAGCAACAACACCACAACCGCCACCGCCACUACAGAUACCAACCAUACCACAAAUUAAGGAAAUUAAAUCGGAACCGGAAGUUUCGCAACAAAUCAUCCAAAACGAUACACCCAGCGAACCAGUUAAAAGAGCGCCAUCGGAAAACGACCUUCCAUUGCCCAAAAGACCUCCAAGCUUACAGGCUAAUAAGCACUUGUGCCACGUGUGUAAUAAGAACUUCUCGUCCAGCUCGGCCUUGCAGAUACACAUGCGAACCCACACGGGCGACAAGCCGUUUCGGUGCACGGUCUGCCAGAAGGCGUUCACCACCAAAGGGAACCUCAAGGUUCACAUGGGCACGCAUAUGUGGAGCAACGGGGCAUCGCGACGCGGCCGUCGCAUGUCUCUCGACCUACCACCCAUACCCAUGACUCCCAAGGAUUCAGAAUUUCUCCAGCGGAGGCCAGACCUUUUUUACCCGUACCUACCGGCUCCGUUCCUUAACGGCAUGCAGCAAAAGCUUAAUGAGAUCUCAGUGGUUCAAAAUCAACAAAAUGGAAUGGCAGGUGCAGGUGCGGGAAAGUUUAACCUUUUAGGUUUCGGAUAUCCACCACCGGACGUUCUGAGACCCGCCACUGGGUCACCAGAAAGACCUCCUUCGAGACCGGCGAGUAGAAGUGAAGCUGACCGGCUUUGGGACCUGCAUUUCGAGCGGAAAACCAGCUCUGACACGUCACGGGAGGAGCUGCUUCCUCCAGGAAGAGAAGGUUUGGCCGCAUGAGAUCCCGCGGGACACCGUGUUCCUAUUUAAAACUAGUCUGUAUGAGAGUGGGGCCGGGGCAAUGAUGAUUCUGUGAUAACCAGCCAGUAGGAAAAAGCCGCAAAGCUACUCGCUGUGUUAAAUUUAAAACAAAAAAAAGAGAAAAAAGGCAACUAACUAAGAGAAAAAAAUGUUAGCCCGAUUAUAGUUUUGUAUCUGUAUAAUAAUUUUUCUUUUUGGCCGGUUGGUUGGACGCGCACCCCUUCAUUCAUUGUAAAACCGUAUUUAUUGUAACGACAUUCGUUAAACGUGUUGUGAAUGUAUUAUAGUAUGUCCGAAAAAAAGCUUUUCAAGAAAAAUCCUAGCUGUAUCCUAAGGUGUAAAUCGUAUAAAUAUAAGAAAACGAAGUAUAUGAAUAUAAAUAUUUGAUUAGAAAUCGUAAGCCAGUAUAUGUAAAACAUACACAUACCUUUUAUUUAAUUAGCUUUAUCGAUGAUGAUUCAUCUUUAAAAUCGCGUAACGUGUUGUACAUAAAAAAAUUAUAUAUAAAUACUAUUAUAAUAGGUGAAUUUGCAUUUUUUCCGGAUCACCGAUGUAUUAUUAAUUAUUAUUACAAUCAGUAAUAAUUUUCGAUUAUUUGUUAUAACUAAAUAAUUUAAAAUUAAAAAAAACACAUUGUACAUAUUAUAUAUCGUACUUCUGUGGUUACUAUGAGACUGUAAACAUUAAUAAUUGUAAAACUAAAUUAAAUGUAUGCUUGAAACAAAAAGAAUCUACCCUCUCCUUUAAGUACAAAUGAUUUUUAUAUUUUACGUAAUAAGUGAUCUAACCUUUCUCAUCAUCACCCCAGAUCACUUAGAGGUAGCGAUAAAUACAUAAAUCGUUAGGUAAUAAAAAAAAAUAAAAAAUUUUAUCAUCAUUUCAUCUCAAACCUUCUUUUAUCUCUCCUUGUUUUUUUCGUUACAACCCUCUUUCGUUCGUUAAAUUAUAAUACAUUUUACUUCUUGUAAAAAGCAUCGUAGUAAAAAAAAAACGACGUAUCUCAGCCGCUAUUGUUUACAGAGGGCCGUUAUUGAAUGAUAUCGAAAAAAAAAAGUUAAGAAAUAAAAUAAACAAGUACCGCCGUAAAUUGUGUAAAUGUAAGUAACGUAAGGUGUUCUCACAUUUUUUCCCGCGAAUGAAUAUGAAUGUACAAAAGAGGUCGAAAAAAAAAUAUUUUUAACGGGCGUUUUACGUCACCUACACGCCACAUACUUUUGUUCUCCCCAAAAAAAAUUUAGGGAAACAAGAACAGAUUACGGAGCGAGCGAGAGAUAGAAAAUCACGAAAAAAAAAUCUCACAACCAGAUUUAAGUGCGUACACGAAAAUACUGAAAUGUCUGUGUAUAUAAACUACUGUACGAGCCAGUUAAGAUCUGUUUAAUUAUAAAUUAUAAAUAUUUAUCACAUUCAAA